AUGGAGAACAGAAGAAGGAGUCUACCUCAAUGCGUGGCGGCGGCAGCCUUGCCACGAGUGUCACCGUUCCGCGUUUACAUUGCACCCCAGGAGGGAACUACCGAUACUAGGGAUGGUUGCAUGGAUGUUAUGGAAAGCAUCCGAAGAAGCAGUCUCCCGACUCUUCCAGCUAUGAUCCAACCGACAGUACCUAUCAGAGUUGUUAUGAAGCAUGGUUCAAGUACAGUAGCCAUUGACAACAAGAUAGAGCAAGCCAUGGAUUUGGUAAAAAGUCACUUGAUGUUUGCUGUUCGGGAAGAGGUGGAAGUUUUGAAAGAACAGAUCAAGGAACUAACUGAGAAGAACAACCAACUUGAAUAUGAGAACACUAUUUUGCGAACAUCAGCCAGUCCAGAUACAUUAUCGAAACUAAGCCAGCCACGACCACAGCCUCCGCCAGCCACAACUUCUUAA